AAAGAAAAGAAAAGAAAAGAAGGGUCUAAACAUUUCUGUUAUUAUAAUUUAUCUAAAAUCAAAACAUUCAUGUUUCACAACUAAGGAAGAAUUUUACAUAAUUAAAAAAAAAAAUAAAAAAAAAAAUUCAAUUUUUCACCGGCGGCGAUCGUCGAAAUGGUAAUUCGACUUCUGCAAUCGGUUUCAUGGGUUUUGGGCAUUCCAAUACUUGGAUCAGAGAUGUUUUCUCGCUGUGAAAUUACACGUUUUUCUUGGCACUGGGCGAUUCGACGGAGUCCUGAACGAUUUCGAAACCUGCACAAAUUCGGAAUUCAACCUGCGAACUAUGUCCUGUUUUCAAAUUGGUGCACCAAUGGAGUAAAAUAGCUCUCUCUCUCUCUCUCUCAGCUUCAUCUACGUCAAUCAGAGAGAUUCUCAUGGAGGAAAAAUCAGGGUUCUUUUGGUGUUUUGCAAUUUGGUGAAGUUUCAAGGACUGAAGCUGAAAAAGACGUACAAUCUCGAAAUUGUUGCACAGAUGGAGCAACAACUCUCUCUUUCUUUCUCUCCCACAAACACACAUCAUAGAUUAUAGAUUAAAAUAUUCAUAGAUGUUGUGUUUUAAGAAAUUCUGUUGUGAAAAUAGGAAACUUCUCUGGUUAAUCUUGCUUUUCUUAAAUUCAAAGCUCUAUUUAAGAUGUGUAAUUUAAGAAACAUGGUUAAGCUCUAUAGAUGUGUAUUUUAAGAGAUUCUGUUGUGAAAAUAGCGCGAAGCUCUAUUUAAGAUGCGUGUUAAGAAACAUGUGAAAAUAGAACUUGUUUUUCUUUGUUCUUUUGUACCAUGUUUCACCUAGCAUUACUAGAAAACGUUAAUACCUUAGCAAUUUAGUUUUGGAACACGUAUUUCGAAAUAUGGUACACUUUCAUUCCAAAAAGGUGAAUUUAGUGAUUUAAUGUGAUCCCCAAAAUUUUCUCCUUAUUUUCUUUAAGUUUCUUUUAGGAUGAAAACAUAUAUAUAAUGAACUAAAAUGUAAGAACAAUGGAGUUCUGUUAGAACCAAAUAUAAGAAAUGAGCCACAAUAUGCAUAGAAAUGUAUAAGAAAAAUUGCUCUAACAAUUAGAGGCACCUUUCUAAUAGUGUUAUACUAGUCUACCCCUAUUGUACCACGUUUUAGAGCAUGUGGCAUACCAUGUUCCGAUUCUUGUUCCUUGUACCAAAACGAUCUGUGUUCCAGGUAACAUAGUUUCCGCCUCACAAAUUGGUGUCUGGGUGCAUGUCCAUAUACAUGUGCAUACAGAUAUAUUGGUGAUUGUACAUAUUUUUCUAGAAAUUAAAUUGUGAAAGAGAGAGGACUCAAGUAGCUUGGCGUGUUUUUUGUAGAUUUGAUGCUCGAUAAACUUUGGUCUCUCCUCUCUGUGCACUUUCUUUGGAGAUAAUGUUUUGAAAUAAAGAAGAUUGUUGUAAUUACUAUGAUAGUGGCCCUUGAAGAAUUUAUUACUGUAAUUUUAUCAUACUGGACCAGAAAUGAGGUUUGUUAUAACCAAAUUGAUGGUCUUUUAAUGAAUAAAUUUAAGAUGUUAGCAGAUGUGCGAAGAAGACGGAAGAAAUUGAAUUCUGCUUGUUUUACUUUACCUGCCACGUUUUCAAAGAAAAAAAACUAGUUAGUUUUAACCUCUAAUUUAAAUCUCAGAAACAAACAAGAAAAAUUCGAGCGUUAUGACUGACACCCAACUAUAGUUUUUUAAGUGUUUUUGUUCUCAAGCCAAUUAUAUUCUUGUCAUUGUACACUUUGCCUUAACCUAACCAUGGGCGUAGUUAACUAAGGUAAUCUCAGCCCCACAACAGCCUCUUUAUAAGCAAGCUCUCGCUGUUAAAGCCUUCAAUUUUUCUAUUUCAUAUUCUUGGCCCCUGAUUUGAGCUUUAGUGGUUGAAAUGGCAAGCAUGAGGGCUUCACAUCUGGGCAAGAGAUCCAGUGGCAGUGGUGAUCCACAUGAGGAUUGUGGAAAGUAUACGAGGUACACUGCUGAGCAGGUUGAACUUCUUGAGAAAGUGUAUGCAGAGUGUCCAAAGCCAAACUUAUCUCACCAGCAGCAAAUGAUCUGCGAUUAUCCAAUCCUUUCAAACCUUGAGCCUAAGCAGAUCAAAAUCUGGUUUCAGAACCGCAGGUGCCGUGAGAGGCAGAAAAAGGAGGCUAUCAACUUUCAAUUGUUGAACAGGAAGUUGACUGCAGUAAACAAGCUACUGACGGAAGAGAAUGAUCGCCUUCAGAAACAGGUCUCACAUUUAGUAUGUGAAAAUGAGUAUAUACACCAGCAACUGAAAAAUAAAUCUCCAGCUACUACUGACACAAGCUGUGGAUCUUCAGUUAACUCUCCUCAACUUUCUUUGAGGGCUGCUAAUGAUCCCACAGGAAUUCUCUCGGUGGCUGAAGAAAUUAUGGCAGAAUUCCUUUCAAAAGCUAUAGGAACUGCCAUUGAUUGGGUCCGAAUUCCGGGCAUGAAGCCUGGCCCAGAUCCGGUUGGAACUGUUUACAUUUCACACAAUUGCACUGGAGUUGCUGCCCGAGCUUGUGGUUUAGUAUCUCUGGAACCUACAUCGAUACUGGAGAUCCUAAAAGACUGGUCAUCUUGGUUUCAAGAUUGUCGAAACCUAGAAGUCUUUGCCAAGUUUCCAGCUGGAAAUGGGGGGACAAUUGAACUGAUCUACACACAAUUUUAUGCUCUUACAACGCUGGUUCCUGCACGUGACUUCUGGACAUUAAGAUAUACUUCAACUUUCGAGGAUGGCAGCAUUGUGGUAUGAUUUGUAAUGGAGUCGAAGAUAAUGCCAUUGGAGCCUGUUCAGAAUUAAUUUUUGCUCCAAUUAAUUCAAUGCUCCGAGAUGAUGCUCCACUGCUAUCCUCUGGGUUUCGGGUGUUACCAUUGGAUUCUACAACAUGUCAUAGGCUGGACAUGAUGAGUCCCCAACGGAUAACAAAUCUACUAUCCAAUCUCAAAGUAACAAGUCAUGAAGCUGGAAGCUCAUCUUCGUCAAAUGAUUCAAAGUCAGUGUUGAUUGUUGCCUUUCAGUUCCCUUUUGAGAACCAUCUUCUGGAGGAAGUUGCAACUAUGGCCAGAGAAUAUAUCGUGAAAGUGAUUUCCUCUGUGCAAAGGGUUGCUUGGGCGAUACAAUCACCUGGAUUGAUCCCCCAUGUGGGGCUCAGGCUAACUGCGGCCUCUCCAGAAGCUGUCACCCUCGCAAACUGGAUCUGCCAUAGUUACAGUUCGAGUUUUGGUGCUGAGUUGCUGAGGUCCAGUUGCCAGAGCGGUGAUUCAGUGUUGAAGCAAUUCUGGUAUCAUCGGGUUGCCAUAAUAUGUUGCUCAGUCAAGUCCCUUCCGAUUUGUUUAUUUGCCAAUGGAGCAGCACUUGAUAUGCUAGAGACCACACUAGUAGCUUUGCAGGACACCACAUUACAUCAGAUAUUCGACAAGCCGGGUCUGGAGGCACUGUCUUCUAUUAUUCCCAAGAUAAUGCACCAGGGUUUUGUUCUUUUAUCAAAUGUAACCUGCGUGUCACUGAUGGGGCGCCAUGUUUCGUAUGAAAAAGCCAUUGCCUGGAAAGUCUGUGAUGAGGGGGGUGCUGUUUAUUGCCUUGCUUUUGCAUUCACCAACGGGUCAUUUCUCUAGAAACCUUUAUUUUAUUUUUAUUUUUUACAUUUUAAAAUAAAUUUAAGGGAUGGUUAGAGGUUCUGAAUUCUAUUCGCAAUUUGUCUCCUUUUCUUAAUAUUAUCCCGUGCUAUGGAAAUGGGAAAUUUGGAAAAACAGAGUGAAAUAUUGAAAAUUUCGCUUUACAAGAGCUACAGCUACUCUAUCGCAACUAGCUGCAAUUUUGAAUUUUGAAGUUGUCAUUUCUUGUGUUAUUU